AUGGCCGGUGACUCUGAUGCGGCUGCCCCUCCACCGCCGCCGCCUACUAUUACUCCUACAUCUCCGUAUUUUCUUGGUCAUCAAGAUAGACCGGGUGACUUCAUUACCCCCACCCGCCUUACCGCCGAUAACUAUGACCAUUGGGCCUCCGACGUCCCAAUGGCCCUUGAAGCCCGCCAGAAAUGGGUAUUUUUAGAUGGCACGAUCACCGCUCCGUCUCCGCCAUGUACGCCUUUGGAUUGGAGCACUAUUCAAGCCAUGCUCAUAUCUUGGAUUAUGAACACCAUAUCCCCGGAGAUUAAAGGUACGCUUUCGAAAUAUUGUGACGUUAGAAAAUUAUGGGACUCUUUAAAGGCUCGGUUUGCCAUGGCUAACGGUCCUAGAAUUCACCAACUCAAAUCUUCUAUGGCUCGUUGUGAACAAACUAAGUCCAUGACCAUUGCAUCUUAUUUUGGAAAACUGACUACUUUGUGGGAAGAAUUAUAUAAUCAUGAUCCUCUUAUUGAAUGCCGUUGUUAUACUUCUUGUUCUGCCGACCAAUUACAUGAGGAACGUCGUGCCACUAGUAAACUGCAUGAAUUUUUUGUGGGGCUCGAUUCGGAUUAUUAUAGCACUGUACGUUCUAAUAUUCUUUCUCAGGACCCUUUACCUACACUUGAUAGGGCUUACCAAUUGCUUGUGCAAGCCGAAAGGGUUCGGCUCUCUAAAACUCUUCCGGUUGACUCGCCCGAAGUAGUUGGCUUUGCGGUUCGCACAGCCCCACGAGCCAGCGCUGCUUCCUCGUCUUCUCAGGCCUGUCCUCGGAUUCGUGAAGAUAAGUCCCAUAUUACUUGUUCCCACUGUCAAAAAUCUGGUCAUGAGAAGAGUUCGUGUUUUGAGAUACAUGGGUAUCCUCCUUGGUGGGAGGAUCGCAAAGUUGCCACAGCUAGUCGAGGGGUGGGUCGUCCCUCGAAUGCACCUGUUGCUGCUCGCUCUCGCGAGCCUGUGCGAGCCAAUGCUACUGCCGUAGCAUCCACCGAAGCCCCGAGUGUUGUUCUUGGAGUAGCUGCUGCAUCCCCGUCUCUUUUCACGCCCGAUCAAUGGAAGGCACUCGCCGGUUUGCUUGGAUAUGCUUCCAUUUUAUUUGAUCUCACUUGUAUUUCUUAUUGUCCGGUGGGGUUGCCUAAUGGUGCUGUUGUUACGGCCAAGCAAGAGGGUUCGGUUCAUCUCUCGGACUCUCUCACUCUCACUCAUGUUUUAUAUGCGCCUCAUUUGCAUUGCAAUUUACUUUCUGUUUCUCAGUUAACCGCGACUAUGGAUUGUAUUGUUCAAUUCAAUUCUAAUGUUUGUGUUAUACAUGACCCGUCGAGGAAUCUGAUUGGAACAGCGGUUAGGAGAAAUGGACUCUAUUACUUUGGAGUUGGGAAUUCCGUGCAUCAUGUCUCGAUUGGCGAGGUCUCUGACUCUUUGGAUGUUUGGCAUCAUCGCAUGGGUCAUCCUUCCUAG